AUGGAACAAGCCCAUCGAGAUUUAGAGGAGGAGGCAGCUGAGAGUCUCAUGGGUGCUGCCAAGAUGGGCGAAGCGUGUGGUAAGAUUGAGGAAGAGACAGAUGAGGGUGUCAUGGAUACUGCUGAGAUUGCCCCAGCAUGUGGAAAUGAGGAGGAAGGGGCAGCUGAGAGUCUCGUGAAUGUUGCCAAGUUGGAAGAAGCCCAUGAAGAUUUAGAGGAGGAGGCAGCUAAGAGUCUCAUGGGAGCUGCCAAGAUGGGCAAAGAAUGUGGUGAAAUUGAGGAAGAGGGAGAUGAUGGUGUCAUGGAUUCUGCUGAGAUUGUCCCAGCAUGUGGAAAUGAGGAAGAAAGGGCAGCUGAGAGUCUCGUGAAUGUUGCCAAGAUGGAAGAAGCCCAUGAAGAUUUAGAGGAGGAGGCAGCUGAUAGGCAGCUGGGUGCUGCCGAGAUGGACAAAGACUGUGAAGAUGAGGAGGAAGGAUCAGCUGAGACUCUCGUGAAUGUUCAAAGAUGGAACAAGCCCCUAGAGAUCUAG